AUGUUAGGGGGAAGUGAGAAAAAUUGGAAAGAAUUUGAAAUAUUGACUAAAUCAUUUUCAGACGAUUUAAUUUCAGAAAUUAUAUAUAAGCAACUAGAUAAUUUAAGUGGUUUUAAUGAGUACCUUAAUCAAUGUAAUUCAUUACCUCAGCUUCGUAUGCGUCAAAGCCUUAGAAUAACUUGUGCCAGGCUUUUAAAAUAUUUGAAAACUUAUAAAUUUUCAAAAGAGGAUAAUGAAUAUGAUAUUUGCAUUCUUUUGAAUUAUUGGGUAUAUAAUAGAUUAAAUGUAAUUUUGCAAUCAUAUAAUUAUUCUAAAAUUUACCAAGCUUUUGGUGAAAUUGGGAAUAUAUGGAGUAGUUUUAUUGAAGAUAACUUAAAAGAAGUAGAAAAAGACACAUGUAAACGUAUGCAUAAUAUUGUUAAUCAUGAUGAUUGGAGAGAAAGAAAAAAAUUGUAUGAUUACUAUGUGAAUUAUAGUACUAUUGAAAAAACGAUUCCAAAUUUUACACAAAAGUGCCCAGAAUAUUGGACAUACGUUGAUAGUCACACUUCAUUAUAUGAAUAUUUUGAGAAACAUUGUAAAAAUCCUAAAAUGAAGCAAAAGAAAGCUGACACUCUUGCAAAAGCUAGACAAGAAUUACAAGAAGGCAGGUCUGCAAAUCAAGAACAAAUUUCUGGAAUUCCAGGCAGUUCAGAGGUUUCUGCAGGUGGUUCUCUUAUGACACGUGACGGUACUCACCCAGUUACACAAACUGGUAACAUACUUCUGGGAGUAGUUGCGACUUCUCUCACUUCUGGAGCUUUAUAUAGGUUUACACCCUUAGGGAACAUGUUACGUAAUAGAUUUGGAUGGAACACUAAUAAUAUGAGAAAUAUGCAUGGAGGCGAAUAUGGAUUGUUUGAUUAUGCAUCAGAAACAUAUAAUCCAUAUACAGGGGGAGGUGAAGAACAUUAUAUUGGGUACCAACCUGCGUAA